AUGCAUAAUUCUGGAAUGCAAGAUAUUGGAUUUUCAAAAAGUGUCACAAAAGUUCAAAUGUUACCGAAUAUUGGGAUCUGGAAUGACGAAACGGCGCUUAUAAGGGAUUAUGUCAAAUGCUAUUUCACGAAAAAGAAAACAUUUCUUCGAAUCAAAUCUCAAACAGCAGCAAGAAAGCGGGUUCUGAUUCUAACUCCGUACGACCAACUCUUGGUAUAUGAGACGAAUUGCACAGGAUACUGCUUUAGCGUCAAAAAUGCUCAAAGAUUAACAGCCUCAUCGGAAUGGAUAAAUCCUGAAAAGAGCUUCGAGAAAUCAUGCACAAUAACUUUGAAAUAUCCGAUUGGAUCCGUAAGCUUGGUGCUGAUCCACAAUCAAAUAUCGAUUUGGAGACGAAGUCUAUCGAGUAUAUUCGAAUGCGACGCUUUUGAUCAGUCACUCGUUGAUGAUAUUUCCUUAUAUACAGCUAAAGACUCGGACGACAAUGAUUUCGAUGUAACAUUUCGCGAUGAGGAGAAGCCCGAUAUGUUCGAGUACACGGACUCAGUUGUUAGUUUAAAGUCUGCACACGCGUGCACCAAUCUGUCGCCGGUGUGCAGCACCGCCCACGACAUCACGCACGAUGCAAUGUUUUCAACGGAGAAAACCAACUCGAAUCGAUCGCUGACCUAUCUGCCAAGCACUCUGCGAACGGCACGAUCCGACAGCGAAUCGAACAACUCGCGAUUAUCAUUCAAUUCGUUCUGCCCGCCGGAUACGUCGACGAGAAAGAAAUUCGCACAAGCGGCCAACGCUUCAGUUCGAGAUAAGGCCCGAUGUGUUUCAAGUCUCUGCAAGAAAUUCGAAGGACGGAUCAAAGAGAGUUUCUCGAAGAACAUUGGUCAGAAAGUUUGGCCUCCACCAAAUAAAGAAAUCUCAAGUCCAAAACCGACAUCGCCGCCACUCAUGGUUUUAUUUCCACCUCCGUUGCCAGUAAAGAAAUUGGAAGAUCCACAUAAUAGCUCGGAGAAUGAUGACUUCGUCGUAUCAAAGAUUGAGUAUACGCCAACGAAACUACGAAGUGAGGAAGUCGUUUUAUAA